GCCUUUAGCAUUGCUCCUAAGAAGUGCUAACCGAGUUAGCUGUAGCUAUGUCUUUACCAUGGUGUUUGGCUGGUCACGAGCUGGUAAUGUAACGUCAGUUGGUGAAGCAGCAGUCGCCAUUUCAUUCUCCGACGGUCGAGACGCAAGACUGCAGCUGCAAAAGUGACGUGGCAGCUUCACAAUGGUGAAAAUAUUCAUUGGGAACUUGUCACCAGACACUACAUCAGAUGAACUUCGCUCUCUCUUCUCCCAGUAUGGCAAGAUUGCAGAAUGUACUAUUGUCAAGAACUUUGGCUUUGUGCACAUGGAUGACAAAGCGGAGGCAGAAGAAGCCAUUCGCAACCUCCACCAUUAUGAGCUAAAUGGCCAGCCCAUGAAUGUGGAACUGAGCCGUGGCAAGUCAAGAGGAUCUACCAAACUACAUGUUGGCAACAUUGCUUGUACCAACCAGGAGCUGAGGGCUAAGUUUGAAGAGUUUGGCACUGUGUUGGAGUGUGACAUAGUAAAAAACUAUGCUUUUGUUCACAUGGAGCGAAUGGAGGAUGCCAUGGAGGCCAUUAAUCAGUUAGACAACACAACUUUUAAAGGCAAACUGAUGAGUGUGAAGCUUUCGACUAGCCGCCUGCGUACUGCGCCGGGAAUGGGAGACAGAUCGGGUUGUUAUCGUUGCGGGCAGGAAGGCCACUGGUCCAAAGAAUGCCCACUAGACCAAAAUGGCUACCACAGAAACGGCUCAGAGCCAAAGUCUGAUGGAUACGAUGCCUCGAGAUUUGGCGGGCGUGGUCGCAACGGGGGUUAUCAUCCGGACUUCAGUGGCGAUCCAGAUUAUGGUGGCGGCUAUGCUCCUGUACAUGUUUUUUCCCGUGGUUCUGGUCACAGCGGCAGCAUGGCAGGGUACAGAAGGGGUGCAGGCUAUGAGAGUGCAAUGAGAUAUGGGCCGCACCCAGGUUAUGGCAUAAGCGCUGUUGCUGAACAUAGCAUGGCUCGGAUGUACGGCAGCGAGGCAGCAUACAGGAGCAACGGCUCACUCUAUGGCGCGGUACCAGCCUACCCGAUGCGCCGGUCGCCUUACGAGGAAAGGGAUCCGUACGGGGUCGUGGACUACUACGAGAAGUACAGGGCCAAUUCUUACGGAGGCAGUUAUUUCGAGGAACACCGCGCCGUCCCCUUGCCUGCUCCAUCAACAUCCUCCUCCACACCUAUAAUAAGGGAACGUCUUCCCCCCUCUAGCCUUGACCCAUACGAGUGCCCUCCGCUCCCUCCUCCACCAGCCCCAGUCACCUCAUACUAUGCACGUGACCGGAGUCCGAUUCGGAGAGUCCCUGCCGAGGCAGAUGGAUUUGCAUAUGAGCGUUCGCGCCUUUCCCCAGUGCCCACCCUCCCAAGAAGUUCUACCUAUGACCAUCCGCGGGAUCCCAGCGCUGAGCAGGCAAAUUAUACUUACUAAUCCUUGUCCCGUACAGCCCGGUGAGAGCUGACUUACAUUUAGCGGAGAGGAUAGCCUAAGUGCCAUCGGAAUUACUGAAAAUUAAACGUCAAACAGUAUACGUCAUUGGUAAUAUUAGGGGCAAAAGCCAGUCUUUUUCUAUAUGUGAGAGGUGUGGGCAGUAAAGGGUUAAGGUUACAAUAAAGCUUGCCAAUCAUUAUAGCCAACGAUUAGAUUUGAGUGUGAAUGGUUGAAUACAUUCACAUUAUGUUGUGAUCUCAUUCCAGCUCAUACAAAAUUCAGUACAACUAAUGUUCAGUUGAUCAUCUUUCAUCGUCCUAUUUACAUGUUGUGGUAUCGGUGUAGUUCUGAGAUGGCUUAGUCUAGUGUGGAAGUGCAGAUACUGGGUUUAUCCACAACCUGGUCGACAUCCAUUCAUGAUACUGUAAAAACAAACAUUUUGCCCCUCGGAAAGUAGCUCUAUGUUCACACACUAUUUAGACUCAGUUAAUAGAAACAUAUUUAAUUAGUGCAUGAUGCAUGUUUUAAAGGUGAGUCCUAGGGGUUACGUUAAUUAAAAUUUAAUAAAUUCUUUUCAGCAGCAUCUAAUGUAUUACUAUAUGCAUUUUAGUGUAUUUGUGUUAAUGUAAGUUUACAUUGUUACUGCAUAUGUGAAGCACUGGCAAAACAAAUCUGAAUACUGCUUCAGAACCUACAUUGUUCAACCUGUGGACUUCAAUGUCACACUUGUACCAAAUAUAGACAUGCAGAAUAAAAAAUUGUUAUACUUUCGUAUUUGGGUUAUAUCAAACUUUUUGUGAAAUUGCAUAGAAGAAGUUUAUUGAGCUGCAUUGUGAUCUUUUUUUUCAGUAGGCACAUUUCUUAUAUUCAAUUUAUUUUCAUUGCUGUGAUAAGUAUGAGGCUUCACAUCUUGAACAUAUGUUGUAGUUUCAUAAGAAAAUGACCUCAAUUGCCUGUGCUGUCUGUCUUGAUUUCUAACUAUUAGGUUAAAAUUAAAAUCGGUCUAAAAUGA